UCUUUGCUAUACAGUAUAUUACAGUAUACUAUUGCAACACAGAACUAAGUGAACAGUUUUCAGCAAUAAACAAAGAGAAAGUCCAUUGAUUACUGUAUGUGAAAAUUCCCUUGGCUAUACUAGUUGCUUUGUGACAUCUCCUGCUUUCCUUUUUGGAAUCUUCUAGAGAUAUGAACUGCAUUUUAACCUCAGUUUUAAGACUACAGAGAAAUCCCUUGUUCUGUGUAGCGGGUGGUGGAAAACUGACAUUCUUGUGGAGAGCAGAGAGCAACACUCCGAACUCUCCUGUCUCUCAAACCAGGCUUUGAAAUGGAGCGAGAUCUGCAUCGAGCAGAGGAUAUUCAAGUGAAGCCAGCUGAUCUUAUUACCAUUUAUUUCCUUUGCCAAGGAGAGGAAACUCAAAGACUUUUGAAAUGAUUGCUAACUAAUGCCUGAUGCUUCAUACAUUUGACUGUAAAAACAAAAAAGGCAUACUGGUUAUCAGGUACUUGGGUGUUUUGCCUUGAGUUGGCAAGAGUUUUGCCAACUCAAGUUUUGCCUUGAGUUGCCUUGAGGUGCUUAAUGAAAGACUAGUUUGAUGUUUAGUUUGUGCUUUAGCCGCAUAUAAUUAAUGAAUAUCUGAAUGUUGAAUGUUAGAGUAUUUUUAUUAUUAUGAAUUUAACUACAUGAUAUGCUUAUAUAACAGUUACAGGACUAACAAAUAUUUUAAGCUACGAAACUCUCGUACGGUUAUACAGCCUAGUUGUCUUGUGUUAGCUUAAUAAAUUCAGCAGAUUUCCCAGCUUUGGCGCCCCCUCUGGGACUGUAAUGUUUGAACAAACCUCCACCUUCAGUGGGUAAACUCUCCUAGGAUAUCACCUGUGAGUCCCACACCACAGCCCUCGCAGAGACGCGACAUGAAGCUCUUGGGGCGUGACGUCAUUAAAAUCAGGUGACGACAACCACGUGGCUCGAGUGUGAAAGGAAAAGUUAUUGGCUUUUGAUGGGCUGAGUAACAGUAAGACUGACUGUCUCUUUGUUAUUAAAUAUCCACCUACAGUACAUUUCCUUUCUGUCGAUGUUUUAAUAUGCCAUCGUCGUUUUGUUUAAACGAUUUCUUCAGAAGAAAGGAAAUAUUGUGAGUGAUAAUGUCCUUAAAAACGACCGGGGUUUUGGAACCUUGCAUCUGUCACGACUAAUGUACAAUAUUUGCUGAGUUGACUUCAAAAAUAUAUGGCCUCCUUUGUGAUCUGUUGCCAUUUGUUUGCAUCGGCGGGAAUGUCGAUUAAAAUCAGGCUGUUGUUAUUAGAGUUUCUCGACAUGUCUCUUGCUUAUCACACCACAGAAACACGAGCGCUACUGUGCAGCCUGUGAUAUUUGUUGGAACCGAGCUCCCCUUUCCUAAUAGACCGCUCCAAUGUUUCGUAGGAUAAGUGGUAGGUAAAAGCAGGGUAGUAGACAGAGAAACCGGGAGCUUUAAAUGUAAAUAAUUGUAAUACUUCUGCAUAAUACUUCAGUGUUAAAUUCGUACAGUGCACAUUAGACUGAAUGAUUCCACGCUUUUCAUUGAGAGACGCAUUAACCCGUCCUAAACCAGUCUCGUAAAGCCAAACUGCCAGACGCACAGCCAAAUGUACAGUAAUUGCUCACGUCCAAAAUCGCUUGCCCUGUUCGUGUAGGAUUUGGUAGGUAGCUGAGCCUGGAUCCCCCACACUUACAAAGUUUUUUUGAAGUUCGGAAAUGGAUUGGGGUGUCAGAAUCUGAAUUUGUCCCCAGCUGUGGCGUGCUUGUCUACACCCGUGCUCACUGCUCUAUUUUGAGGCGAGGAUGGAUCGGCACCUGUUCCUCUUAAUCUGGAUCCUUUGACAGCUUCUUUUCCUGCUCGACUGUCAGUCAGUCUCGUCCUCUUUUUGCUUCUGAGCUUCCGAGCUCCGGGCGUGUUGCAUUUUAGGCACUGAGCCGAGCUCCAGUUUCGACUGCCUGCAGUUUCUGUGCUUGGAUCUGGGGUUCUCCUCGCUGUCUCCGUUUAGUUUCAGAGGGUUCGCACAGGAAUAUUGUAAAAUCAGAAGUUUGUCAUGGCUGAAGCUGGACGUCCAGAAGAGCCGGUCGAGGAUGAGUUCAGUGGAUUGAUCAGGACCAGAACUGAUGAAAGAGAAGAUGUUCAAAAGAAAACAUUCACAAAAUGGAUAAACUCGCAGUUUUCUAAGGCUGGGAAACCUCCAAUUGAAGACCUCUUCACUGACCUUCGAGAUGGGAGACGACUCCUGGAGCUCCUGGAGGGCCUAGCAGGCCAUGAACUAGCUAAAGAAAAGGGCUUUACUAGGGUCCACGCGCUCAACAAUGUCAACAGAGCAUUACAGAUUCUUCAGAAAAAUAACGUUGAACUGGUGAACAUCGGAGGGGCAGAUAUUGUCGAUGGAAAUCAUAAACUGACGCUGGGCUUGAUCUGGAGUAUCAUCCUCCACUGGCAGGUAAAGGAUGUGAUGAAGAACAUCAUGGCUGGACUGCAGCAGACAAACAGCGAGAAGAUACUGCUCAGCUGGGUGCGCCAAUCAACCCGUGACUACCAACAAGUCAAUGUUGUCAACUUCACCAACAGCUGGUCAGAUGGGCUGGCGUUUAAUGCGCUUAUUCAUAGCCACAGGCCUGACCUCUUUGAGUGGAGCAGCGUACUGAAGCAGCAGUCUGCCAUUGAGAAGCUGGACCAUGCUUUCAGCACUGCCAAGCAACACCUGGGCAUCGAGAGACUGCUGGAUCCUGAGGAUGUUGCAACUCCGCACCCAGACAAAAAGUCCAUCAUCAUGUAUGUCACCUCACUCUUCCAAGUCCUGCCCCAGCAAGUAACCAUUGAAGCCAUCCAAGAAGUUGAAACACUGCCCCGGCACACAAAGGUCACUCAGGAGGAACAUAUUCAGAUCCAGCAUCAGCAUGAACAGCGCUAUUCCCAGCAGAUCACAGUCAGUGUUGCACAGGGCCAUGUGCGCACCCCCUCUCCCUCUCCUAAGCCGCGCUACAAAAGCUAUGCCUACACACAAGCUGCUUAUGUCCAGUCACCUGACCAAAAGAGGCGGCGGUGUACUGCCCAGCCAGCAGAAGCCCCCGAAGACAAGUCGGCUAGCAGCCCGCUGAUGGAGGCUGAGGGACACCUGGACAGCUACCAGAGCUCACUGGAGGAGGUGCUGACGUGGCUGCUGUCAGCCGAGGAUGCGCUGCAGUCUCAGGGCGACAUCUCCGGCGAUGUGGAGGAGGUCAAGGAGCAGUUUCACACACAUGAGGGAUUUAUGAUGGAGUUAACAUCUCACCAAAGCAGUGUGGGGAAGGUGCUGCAAGCCGGGAGCCAGUUACUGUCGGAGGGAAGGUUGUCUGAUGAUGAGGAGAAUGAGGUUCGAGAACAGAUGAACCUCCUCAACACUCGAUGGGAACAUCUUAGGGUCACCAGCAUGGAGAGGCAAAGCAAGCUACAUGAAGUUUUAAUGGAUUUGCAGCAUCAGCAGCUGAAGCAGCUCAGCGAUUGGCUGGCGGUGACAGAGUCCAGGGUCAAAAAAAUGGAGACACAGCCCCUUGGACCAGAUCUGGAAGAUAUUAAGCACCAAGUAGAAGAACACAAAUUACUCCAAGAAGAUCUGGAAAUGGAGCAGGUGAGGGUCAACUCAUUAACCCACAUGGUUGUCGUGGUGGAUGAGAACAGUGAAGAUGGCGCCACCGCAGCCUUGGAGGAAAAACUGCAGCACCUGGGAGAAAGAUGGGCGGACAUCUGCAGGUGGACAGAAGAGCGGUGGAUUCUUCUGCAGGAAAUCCUGCUCAAGUGGCAGCACUUCACUGAGGAGCAGUGCCUAUUUGAUGCCUGGCUAAUGGAAAAAGAAGAAGCAGUUAACAAGAUCCAAACUAGUGGUUUCAAAGAGCAGCAGGAGAUGGUGGCAAAUCUGAGGAAAUUAGCGAUUCUGAAGGGGGACCUGGAGAUGAAGAGACAGACCAUGGACAAGCUGUGCUCACUCAGCCAGGACCUGUUGUCAGCUGUGCGAAACAAGGAUGUAGCCAAAAAGCUGGAAGCCCGUCUGGAGAAUUUUGCUCAGCGAUGGGACAGCCUGGUGCAGACCUUAGAGAGGAGCUCCUCACAGAUCUCACAGACUGUCACUACUGCUCAGACAGCGCUCUCCGCCAGCACGGUGAUGGAGACUGUAACUAUGGUGACCACACGUGAACAGAUCCUUGUCAAGCAUGCAAAGGAGGAAAUCCCUCCACCCCCUCCCCAGAAGAAGAGACAGAUUGUGGUAGACUCUGAACUUAGGAAAAGGUUUAAUGUUGAUACCACUGAACUACAUAGUUGGAUGACAAGAUCUGAAGCAGUCCUUCAAAACCCGGAGUUUUCAGAGUCACGGAAAGAGGGGAACCUCUCUGAUCUACAGGAAAGAGUCAAUGCUAUUGAACGGGAGAAGCCAGAGAAGCACAGAAAACUGCAAGAUGCCAGCAGAUCAGCACAGGCUCUGGUGGAGCAGAUGGUGAAUGAGGGUCUCAAAGCUGACGACAUCAAGCAGGCCUCAGAGCAACUGAACAGCCGCUGGGUCGAGUUCUGUCAGCUGCUGGAAGACAGGCUGGCUUGGCUGGCUUACCACAACAAGAUCAUAGCCUUUUACAGCCACUUUCAGCUGCUUGAGCAGGCGGUUGUGGCAGCAGAAAACUGGCUAAAAAGCCAGCAGCCUCUGGCUCCAGAAUCUGAGACAGUCAGAGUGCAGCUAGACAAGUGCAAGGAUGAGGGCUCUCGCCUGUCUGCGCUGCAGCCACAAGUGGAGAUGCUGAAAGAGAGGGGGAAGGAGCUGAAUGCGAAGGAGGAAGCUCCGAUGUUUUUGGAAGCUGAUAUAACAGCCUUCACCGACCGCUACAACCAGGUUCUUGCAGACCUGCAGGCAAGGGAGCAGCAUCUUAAGAAUAUUCUGGAAAGCCUCCCCCCUGCUCGCUACAGGGAGACAGUGACCUCUCUUCUCUUCUGGAUCCAGCAGUCUGAGAGCCGUCUGGUCGUGCCUCAGUUUGCAGUCACUGAAUACCAAGCCAUGGAGCAGAGGCUCAAGGAGAUCAAGGCUUUGCAGGUAUCCUUGCAAGAGCAGCAGAGUGGUCUCAACUACCUGACCUCGACUAUGGACGAGCUGUGCCAGAAAGCUCCAGUCGAGAUCAGUCAGAAAUAUCGUCUGGAGAUUGAGGCUAUCCUGCUCCGCUGGAAGAGACUUUCGGCUCAGCUGGGCGAACAGUCCCAGAAACUAGAGGAACUCAUGACCAAACUUCAGCAGUUCCAAAACGACACCAAGACCCUGAAGAAAUGGAUGGCGGAGGUUGAUGUGUUUCUGAAUGAAGAGUGGCCUGCACUGGGAGAUUCAGAGGCCCUGGAGAAGCAGCUAGAACAGUGCACGGCCUUGGUAAAUGACAUCAACACAAUCCAGCCUAGUCUGAAUGGCAUCAACGAUGUGGGGCAGACCCUGAGAAAGGAAGCAGAGCCGGCAUUUGCCAGCAAGUUGCAGAAAGAGAUUUCGGACCUCAAUAUCCAGUGGGACAAUGUCUGCAAACAGGCAUAUGCAAAAAAAUCUGCCCUGAAAGGCGGGCUGGACAAGACAGUGAGCUUGAGGAAGGACCUUUCGGAGAUGCAGGAAUGGAUCACACAGGCUGAGGAGGACUUUCUGGAGAGGGACUUUGAGUACAAGACACCGGAAGAGCUUAAGAAGGCAGUUGAGGAGCUGAAGAGGGCGAAAGAAGAGGUGCAACAGAAGGAGGUGAAGGUGAAGCUGCUCACGGACUCUGUGAACAGCUUCAUUGCCAAGGCGCCGCCUGCAGCUCACGAAGCUCUGAAGUCGGAACUGGAGGUCCUCACCUCCAACUACCAAAGACUCUGCAGCAGACUGAAUGGGAAAUGCAAAACUUUGGAGGAGGUGUGGGCCUGCUGGUGUGAGCUGCUGUCUUACCUGGAGGCAGAGAACAGGUGGCUGGACGAGCUGGAGCUGAAGCUCAGGAACACAGAGAACAUUCAGGGUGGUGCGGAGGAGAUCUCCGAGGCACUGGAUUCCUUGGAGAGCAGUCUUCGGCACCCAGAAGACAACCGCAAUCAGAUCCGUGAGCUGGCCCAAACUCUGACAGAUGGCAGGGUUCUGGAUGAGCUCAUCAAUGAGAAGCUGGAAACGUUUAACACUCGGUGCGAGGAACUACUACAGCAGGCUGUUAGGAGGCAACAGAUGCUGGAGCAGAGUAUCCAGUCAGCCCAGGAGACGGACAAAGCCCUUCGCUUGAUUCAGGAAUCUCUAGCAACCAUAGACCGCCACCUCUCUGCCUAUAUAGCCGAUCACGUUGAUGCAGGUCAAAUACCACAGGAAGCACAGAAAAUCCAGUCAGAGCUGAGCAGCCAUGAAAUCAGCCUUGACGAAAUGAAGAAGAGGAACGAGGGGAAGGCUCUCUCGGAGCGAGUUCAGUCUCAGAUCAACAUGACGCAGAAGAAACUUCAAGAGGUCUCCACAAAGUUCCGCUUGUUUCAGAAGCCAGCCAAUUUCGAUCAGCGGUUUUUGGAGUGUAAGACGGUUCUGGAUGAGGUGAAGUCACAGCUGCCGGUACUGGCGAUGAGAAGUGUGGAGCAGGAUGUGGUACAGUCACAGCUGGAUCAGUGUAUGAAAUUUUACAAGAGUUUGAGUGAGGUGAAGUCAGAAGUGGAGACAGUAAUCAAGACGGGGAGACAGAUUGUCCAGAGGCAACAGACUGAGAGCCCAAAGGAGCUGGAUGAGAGACUCACAGCUCUCAAACUGCAGUACAAUGAACUGGGUGCCCAGGUGACAGAAGGAAAACAGGAGCUGGAGAAGAGUCUGAAGUUGUCCAGGAAGCUGAGGAAAGAGGUGAAUGCCCUGACAGAAUGGCUGGCUAUAACAGACGCAGAGCUGACCCGGAGAUCGUCUGUGGAGGGAAUGCCCACUCAUCUGGAUGCAGAGGUGGCCUGGGCCAAGGCGAUUCAGAAGGACACAGAGAAACAUCUACAGCAGCUGAAGAACAUCUCUGAUCUGGCAGAGGCUCUGAAGGCUGUGCUUCAUGGGAAGGAGAAUCUAGUAGACGAUAAAGUCAGCCUCCUUAACUGCAACUGGAUCGCCGUGACCUCAAGAGCUGAGGAGUGGCUCAACUUGCUGAGGGACUAUCAGAAACAGAUGGAAAUGUUUGACCAGAGUAUUGCCCAAAUUACUGCCUGGAUAUACCGUGCCGAGAUUCUCCUCGACGAAUCCGAGAAACAGGAGUCUCAGCAGGAAGUGUUAAAGGGUUUGAAGGAUGAACUGAGUGAUAUCCGUCUGAAGGUGGAGACAGUGCAAGGCCAAGCUGAAGACCUCAUUAAGAACAGGGGAGAUCACUGCAGAGUGGUUGUGGAGCCCAAGCUGUCAGAGCUGAAUCAGCGCUUUGAGGCCAUCUCUCAAAGGAUAAAGAUCGGCAAGGCCUUUGUGACUCCCCGCGAACUUGAGCUUUAUCACACAGAAGCACAGAAGUGGCUGGAACGCCUGGAGGCAGAGGUUCAAGAGGGUGACAAUUUGAAAGAGGAGGAUUUCCAAAAGGACACGGAGGACAAUGAAGAAGGGGCAGUGAAGGAGUUUUUGGAGAAAGGAGAGAAGCUGCAUCACAGAGUCCCGGAUGAGAAGAAACGAGAGGAGAUCCGAAUCAAACUAAAUUUGUUGCAUGCAAAAUACAACACUGUCAAGGAUCUGAGGUCGCUAAGGAAGAAGAAAGCCCUGGCCAUUUCUCCCCAAUGGUACCAGUAUAAGAAGCAGUCUCAUGACCUGCUGCAGUGGCUGGAUGACAUAGAGAAACGGGUAGCUAGCCUUCCCGACCCAAGAGACGAAGAAAGGAUUAAGGAGAUUGAUGCGGAGCUGGAGCAGAAGAGAGAAGACCUGAAUGCUGUGAAUAGACAAGCUCAAAGCUUGUCAAGGGACGGGGCUGCAAAGGCAGUGGAGCCCAACCUGAUCCAGCUCAACAAACGCUGGCAAGAAAUAGAGAGCAAAUUUGCUCAGUUCCGAAGACAGAACUUUGCACAAAUUCAUUCGGUUUACGAGGAGACGAGAGUGGUAAAGACUGAAGGACCAGCUGCGGAGAGCCCUCAUGUGCCUUCUACCUACCUGGCAGAGCUGCGCCAGCUUCUGCACUCUGUAGCGGAGAUAGAGUUCCUCCUCAACUCCCCUGAGUACUGGGCCGGAGCCUACCAUGACCUGGUCAAGCAAGAAGACUGUCUGAAGGAUGCAAAAGUCAGUCUGACCAAGCUGGCUGGCCCAGUGGGGAAUGCCCAGAGCAGGAGAUCUGCAGUCCUUCAGAACGCCUCACCUGUGGAAUACAGCCACAUCCAGGACUCUGCCCGGCAGCUUGAUACUAACUGGGAGAAAGUGAACAAGUUGUACAAGGACAGGCAGGUGCGGUAUGAGAAGUCUGCAGAGAAGUGGCGUCGUUUCCAUGCCGACAUGAAGAGUCUAACGCAGUGGCUCAGCGAGGCAGAACGCACUCUGGCAGAAACGGGGGCAGGCUCCGGGAGUCAGGACCACAGCAAAGCCAAAGAACGCCUCAAGGAGCUCCAGAAUGGCAUCAGGCACCAGCAGGCUCUGGUCUCAUCACUGAAUGCCACCGGGGAGGAGAUCGCCCAGCAGUCGACAUCGGAAGACGCCAUCCUUUUCAAGGAGAGACUGACGGGAGUCAACGUGCGCUGGGAGGAGGUCUGCCGGCAGGUGGCCGAGAGGAGGAGGAGGUCAGAGGAAGAGAAACAUAUCAUCUCAGAACUGCAAGAAGACCUGAAUGAGUUUCUGUCCUGGCUUGACAAGGCGGAAAGUAUUGUGUCCCUUGAGCUGGAGUCUGGAGACGAACAUCAGCUGAAAGAUUCUCUAGAGAAAAUUAAGUUACGAGUGGAAGAGCUACCUUCAAGAAAGAAAAUAUUAAAAGAAUUAAACGAAAGUGGAGGGCAUCCACAUGGAAGCACAGCACUUCCUUCUGAAGAGCAAAGGAGACUAGAGUGUGACCUGAAACUAGCCAACAGCCGCUGGACAAAGGUGUCCAGAGAGCUGCCUGAGAAGCAGAAGACGACAGAAGCCCUGCUGAAGGAGUUGGUACAAUUCCAGCAACAUCUCAACCAGCUGGCUUUUUGGGCCUCAACUACAAAAGACCAACUAGAACUCUACCUAAAAGUGGGAUUACCAGGGGCUUUUGACACAAAGGAAACUGAGGACUCUGUGCAAGCCAAACAAGCAGAUGUGGAAGCUAUCCUGUCGAGAGGUCAUCAGCUAUACAAGGACAAACCAAUCACUCAGCCCAUAAAGGUUAAGCUUGAAGACCUCAGUUCAGAUUGGAAAGCAAUCCACAUCCUGCUCACACAGUUCAAAGGCAAACCCGAUCCCAGUGCAGCUGGUCAAACAGUUACCGUAGUGACACAGACCCUGGUUACCAAGGAAACCGUUGUCUCUAAGCUGGAAAUGCCAUCUUCUCUGCUCAUGGAGGUACCGGCCCUUGCUGACUUCAAUAAGGCUUGGGCUGAACUCACCGAUUGGCUGUCUCUUCUGGAUCACAUGAUCAGAACCCAGAUAGUGACUGUGGGAGACCUUGAAGAAAUCAAUGACAUGAUUGUCAAACAGAAGUCGACACUGCAGGACCUUGAACAGAGGCGCCCUCAGCUGGAGAAUCUGAUUACGGCAGCACAGAACCUGAAAAACAAGACCAACAAUCAGGAGGUCCGCUCCAUCAUCACUGACCGCAUUGACAAGGUCCAGGCGCAGUGGGAGGAAGUGCAGGGGGCACUGCAGGGCCGAAGGCUGCAGCUGCAGGACAUGCUGAAGGACUCCAGCCAGUGGCUGGAAGCAAAGCAGGAGGCCGCGCCCCUGCUACAGAGAGCCACGGCCAGGCUGGAGUCGUGGAAGGACAUAUCCUACACCGUGGAGGCCCUCAAGAGGCAGAACGCAGACCUGAAGCAAUUUGUCAAGGAGCUUCGCCAGUGGCAGAUCAACAUAGACGUGGCGAAUGACCUUGCACGCAAGCUGCUGAGAGACUACUCUGCUGACGACACCAGGAAAGUCAAUCUGGUGACAGAGGACAUGAACAAUUCCUGGGCAAAUGUCAAUAAGAAGGUGGGCGACAGGGAGGCAGCGCUGGAAGCAGCACUGAGACUCCUGCAGCAGUUCUAUGUGGACCUGGAGAAGUUCCUGAGCUGGCUGACGGAAGCGGAAACAACAGCCAACGUCCUCCAAGAUGCCACCCACAAGGAGGGGAUACUGGAGGACCCCCAUGUCGUCCGGGAGCUGAUGAAGCAGUGGCAGGACUUGCAGGCUGAGAUCGAGGCGCACACGGAGACGUUCCACACUCUGGACGACAAUGGGCAGAGAAUCCUCAAGUCCCUGGAAGGGUCUGAAGACGCCACACUGCUGCAGAGACGGCUGGAUAACAUGAAUGUCAGGUGGAACGAGCUGCGCAAGAAGUCUAUCAGCAUUAGAUCCCACCUUGAGGCGAGCAGUGAGCAAUGGAAGAGGCUCCACCUCUCUCUACAGGAGCUUCUGGCUUGGCUCCAACUGAAGAAUGACGAGCUGGCGCAACAGAAGCCCAUAGGGGGCGAUGUUCCCACCGUGCAGAAGCAGCUGGACACUCACCGGGCUUUCAGGAGGGAGCUGAAAGCUAAGGACCUGGUGGUCUCCAAUGCCCUGGAUGCAGUGCGGGUUUUUCUAGCCGAACAGCCAGCUGAAGGGCUAGCAAGGCUCCAGCAAGAGCAGAGAGAGGUGAGUCCCGAGGAGCGAGCCCAGAACAUCAGCCGCGUGCUGAGGAAGGAGUCGGAGGACGUGCGGGCGGGCUGGGAGGGCCUGCGGGGCCGGGCGGCGGACUGGCAGCGCAGGCUGGACGGGGCCCUGGAGCGCCUGCUGGAGCUGCAGGAGGCGGCGGAUGAGCUGGAGCUCAAGCUGCGCCAGGCGGAGAUGGUCAAGCAGUCCUGGCAGCCCGUGGGUGACCUGCUCAUCGACUCCCUGCAGGACCACAUUGAGAAAGUCAAGGCAUUUCGGGCGGAGGUGGCACCCAUCAAAGAGAAUGUCACACAGGUGAAUGACUUGGCCUCGCUCUUCGGUCCCCCAGACGUCCAGCUUUCUCAAUUCAACCUCAGCAGAGUGGAAGAUCUCAACACUCGCUGGGAGCUCCUACAGGUUUCCAUGGAAACCUCCAGAAUCUCAGGGAAAAUGAAGGAGGGGGGAGAUAUCUCCAAGGUGUCCAUUGAAGAGCGUCUCAAACAGCUGCAUGAAGCCCACAGGGACUUUGGCCCAACAUCACAGCACUUCCUCUCCACUUCUGUCCAGGGUCCCUGGGAGAGGGCAAUAUCGCCAAACAAAGUGCCAUACUACAUCAAAAAAGAAAAGGGAAUGAGGCUUCUACCAGAAAGCGGACCUGAAGUAAUGGAAAGUCACCAGACGCAGACGACAUGCUGGGAUCAUCCUAAGAUGACAGAGCUCUACCAGUCCUUGGCUGACCUGAAUAAUGUCAGGUUCUCUGCAUACAGAACAGCCAUGAAGCUGAGGAGACUGCAGAAGGCCCUUUGCUUGGAUCUCCUGGGGCUGUCGGCAGCAUGCGAAGCCUUCGAACAGCACAACCUGAAACAGAACGAGCAGCUCAUGGACAUCAUGCAGAUCAUCAACUGUCUGACCACCAUCUAUGACCGCCUGGAGCAGGAGCACAACACCCUGGUCAAUGUGCCCGUCUGCGUGGACAUGUGUCUGAACUGGCUGCUCAAUGUUUACGACACGGGCAGAACUGGAAAGAUCCGUGUUCUCUCUUUCAAAACCGGCAUUGUUUCACUUUGCAAAGCACAUUUGGAGGACAAGUACAGAUAUCUCUUCAAGCAGGUGGCCAGCCCCACAGGCUUCUGUGACCAGCGCAGGCUGGGGCUCCUCCUGCACGACUCCAUCCAGAUCCCGCGGCAGCUGGGAGAGGUGGCCUCCUUCGGCGGCAGCAACAUCGAGCCCAGCGUGCGCAGCUGCUUCCAGUUCGCCAAUAACAAGCCUGAGCUGGAGGCAGCUGUGUUCCUGGACUGGAUGCGUCUGGAGCCGCAGUCCAUGGUCUGGCUGCCAGUGCUGCACAGGGUCGCGGCGGCAGAGACAGCCAAACACCAGGCCAAGUGCAACAUCUGCAAGGAGUGUCCUAUCAUCGGGUUCAGGUACAGAAGUUUAAAGCACUUUAACUAUGACAUCUGCCAAAGCUGUUUCUUCUCUGGACGGAUUGCAAAAGGUCAUAAAAUGCAAUACCCAAUGGUUGAGUACUGCACACCGACCACUUCUGGGGAGGAUGUGCGCGACUUUGCCAAGGUGUUGAAAAACAAGUUCAGAACAAAGAGAUACUUUGCCAAGCACCCCCGAAUGGGAUAUCUGCCCGUGCAGACAGUUUUGGAAGGAGACAACAUGGAAACUCCUGUUACACUGAUCAACUUCUGGCCCGUAGAUUAUGCACCUACAUCGUCCCCUCAGCUGUCACAUGAUGAUACGCAUUCAAGAAUCGAGCAUUAUGCUAGCAGGCUAGCAGAAAUGGAGAACCGAAAUGGAUCUUAUCUCAACGACAGCAUCUCACCCAAUGAAAGCAUCGAUGAUGAACAUUUGCUUAUCCAGCAUUACUGCCAAAGCCUGAACCAGGAGUCCCCGCUGAGCCAGCCCCGCAGCCCGGCGCAGAUCCUCAUCUCCCUGGAGGGCGAGGAGAGGGGCGAACUCGAGAAGGUCCUCAGCGAUCUGGAGGAGGAGAACAAGAGUCUGCAGGCAGAGUACGACCGGCUGAAGCAGGCUCAUGACCACAAGGGGCUGUCCCCUCUGCCCUCGCCCCCAGAGAUGCUGCCCGUAUCGCCCCAGAGUCCCAGAGAUGCGGAGCUCAUUGCCGAGGCCAAGCUCCUGCGGCAGCACAAAGGACGCCUGGAGGCUAGGAUGCAGAUUUUGGAAGAUCACAACAAGCAGCUAGAGUCCCAGCUCCACAGACUGAGACAACUACUGGAACAGCCCCAGGCAGAGGCCAAGGUCAACGGCACCACCGUCUCGUCGCCGUCUACCUCCUCGCAGCGCUCGGACAGCAGCCAGCCCAUGCUGGUCCGCGUCGUCGGCAGCCAGACCACAGACACCAUGGGCGAAGAUGAUCUUUUGAGUCCAUCUCAAGAUCCAAGCACAGGUCUGGAGGAGGUGAUGGAACAGCUCAACAACUCUUUCCCCACCAACCAAGGUAACAAUGUAGGGAGUCUCUUCCACAUGGCAGAUGACCUGGGGAGAGCAAUGCGGUCACUGGUGACUGUGAUGACAGACGAUGAGACACUGGACUAGCAGAACUUUUCCUACUACACUGGCUUCUGAAUAUCAAGCAUGGUUUUUAUAAUAAUUCAUACACCGAAUAGAGUUGGACUGUAAACGUUUACAAAGAAAAAAAAAUCUAUAUUUUUGUGAAGGGAAGUGGUAAUAAAAUUGUAGAUUUCAGUA